GCGAGAUCAACUAAGCAUUGAUUCAGAUUUCUCAUAUUUCCCUAACCACAGUGCGGGCAGUCUCAAUGAGGGCAGUUAGCAAUUGCCAGCUGUCCCGAAACUCUGUCCUGCUUUCCAUCCGCGAUGAGGAAUAGCGUUCUGCCUCUGGACGAACCGGGCAGCUCCACCAACGCAGCUUUAGGUGUAAACGAUACUGUCGAUUUUGAGGCGCAACAAGGACCCGCCAGUCAAAUGGACGACGCUGACUUAACCUUCUUGUCCGAGCUUCUGUCCCAAGAUCCGAACAUCCCAAAUGUCACCGCUCCCACGAUCAACUCAGUUCCGUCACCCUCAUCAUCGAACCACAGCAUGGACAUGUCCAGUGAUAGCGCCGGUAGCGCGAAAUCGCCCGAGGACUUGAACGAUUCUAGUGGAUCUGAGCGGAAGAGGAAGCUGGUGUCGUCACCGGAUUCUGCGGACGAUGGUUCUUUAACAGAGGACCGGAAUGAGAGGCGUAGAAUGCUGAGUGCCAAGAAUGCUCGACUUUAUCGCUCCCGCAAGAAGAACGAGCUGGUGACGCUGAGAGAACAAGUAUAUCGACUCGAGGAUCAGUUAAAAGCGUUACGACUCAAACACCACGUGCUACGCGCGGAUAGUGCAGUUGCGUGUUGGGAAGAGAAGGCCAUUGCACAACGUCUUAGGCGGCGCCAAGCUGAGGAAUUAAAUGAGCAGCUGAAGCAAGCACUAUUUACUCAUACCGGCGUUGUACGCGACCUAAGGUCCAUUUUUACCGAGUCGGCACCUCCAAGUACGGCACUCAACAUGCGGCAUUAUCUUCACAAGUACACCCACCUCCGAAAGGAUCCCCAACUUCGUGCGCGAGACUUGGAAGCUGUUGGUACGGCUGUCAAGAUAGAUAGAGCUAUGCAAGUUGUUUUACGCGAAACUUCGACUAUCCCGGUCACUACUGCUCCCGAAAUCCUGUUCCAAGAACUCGAUCUAGGCACGGAGGGUCUCGGCAAGACCAGCACUGCAGUGUAUGCCUUCAAUACAAGGAAUGCGAGCAAGGCAUUUGACGUGGCAUGCAAAGCAAUACUGAGCACCUGUGGAGUUUGGCCAGAUCACUCCCGAAUUGAGUCAUCGAUGAAAUUUGUAGAAGUGCCGCCGACGGAAUUUAGUGUUCAGUACGGCAUCACAAAGCACAGCUACCAGCAUAACGUGACGAAGGCUCGAGCAUCCACUGAAGCGAGGGAUCUGUACUAUUCACGUAUGAUCGGCUCUUGUGGUGUUUUGGUCUGGGACUUCGUCGACGAUGACGACUUGUACCCAUUGAAGUGCAGCACAUUUAUCAAGCGCAACACCGUUGGAGCGUAAGUUUGUUUGGAUAUCGUCGCUAAGGUUAUUGUUAUGGGUGAAUACUAACUCGUUGAACCGGAGCAGAUUGGUGCUACGUCCGGAGAUGUGCUCGGACGGCGUGGAGCGCAUGGUCUGUCGCAAUAUCUGCACUGACAUGCAAAUACCAGUGAAUUCGCCCAAACCACCACUAAAUGUUGCCGAGUUCGCACUGCUGGAAGACAUGAUGUUGUACGAAAGCAUCAAAGAAGGAGCGACGGACUGGCAAGACACUGUCGCGUAGGUAGCAACACAACUCUAGCACUAAGAUUACAAUUUUGUGUGAUACAUUUGCAGCAAGUUUAAAAAUUAUUUGGAUCGACUAAAAAAA